GGCUUUGCCUUCUUCUGGGAACUUGUGGUCUAAUAACAAGUCUUGUGUUCCAGGCCACGCCGGAUCUGUUAAAGGGCCAGCAAGGGCUCACGCAGCAAACCAACGAGGAGACGGCCAAGCAGAUACUUUUCAAUUACCUCAAGGAUGGGAGCACCGACAAUGAUGAUGCUACUAAAAGGAAAGUCAACCUGGUCUUCGAGAAAAUCCAGACCUUGAAGUCUCGGGCAGCAGGCAACACACAAGGAAAUAACCAGGCCUCCCAUUCUCCAUCGGAAGUGAAGGCUCUGCUGGAACAGAAAACCAAGCUGGCCGCAGAAGUAGCUGACCUGCAGAGACAGCUUCAGUUGGAGACCACGAACCAGCAGAACAUCCGGGAGGAGCGAGACCGGCUGAAGGCCGACCUGGAAGCGCUGCAGAGCCUGCAUGACCGGCAGGCGGAGGAGAACUCGGCCAUGCGGCGGCGGCUGCAGGAGGGCGAGGACGGGCUCCGCAGGAACCUGGAGGAGCUGUUCCAGGUGAAGAUGGAGCGGGAGCAGCACCAGACAGAGAUCCGGGACCUGCAGGACCAGCUCUCGGAAAUGCACGACGAGCUGGACAGUGCCAAGCGGUCUGAGGACAGCGAGAAGGGGGCUCUGAUCGAGGAGCUCUUGCAGGCCAAACAGGAACUUCGAGAUCUGCUCAUCGCCAGAGAGGAGCUGGAAGAGCUUCUGAGGAGGCGGGAGCGGGAGCUGAUUGCGCUGAAGGGGGCCCUGAAGGAAGAGGUGUCCAGCCACGACCAGGAGAUGGACAGACUGAAGGAGCAGUACGAUGCAGAGCUGCAGGCCCUUCGGGAGAGUGUGGACGAGGCCACCAAGAACGUGGAGGUCCUGGCCAGCCGGAGCAGCAUGGCGGAGCACACACAGGCGGACGCCCAGGCCCUGCAAGUGCAGACCCUGCAAGAGGAGAACGAGGAGCUUCGGGGCAGCAUGGAGGAGCUGGGGCACACCGUGGCGGGGCUGCAGAAGCGGCUGGCGGACGCUGAGGGCCAGGAGGCCCGUGCCACAGAGGCACUGCGGAAGCAGGAGGUGAGGUCCCGGCCCCCAGGCCUGGCCACUGGGGAGGGAGUGGUUGUUUCCAGGAAACGAGAAGGAAGACCAGGGAACCUCCUUGUGUGGGUCCUGGACUCCCUGCUCCCUUAGACACCAAGUGCAGAG